GCGGACACACAUCUACACGGACGGCAGCUACAACGGCAUCCCACACUCAGCCGCCUGGGCAGUUGUCAUUGUCGACGAGUACGAAGACGGGAGCAACCUGCGAGGCCCGUUCGGCUUUCGGGGUUUCAUUGCUGGCAAAGUCACCGAAACCCUAGACGACAUGGUCAACAACGAGAAGGUGACGGCAUACACAGCGGAGCUCACGGCAGUACUUUGGGCGUUGAUGUGGGCCCUUGGUCAAGAUACCGACGCGCCCAUCGAGAUCACGCCUGACGCCCUCAACGUCAUCAACCUGGCCAAAGGCGAAGCCCAAUGCCACGUACAUCCGAGGUUGGGGGCAGUCAUUCGCACACUUGCAGGCCUCCUCCAACAAGCCCGACCCACCCAGUGGCACCAUAUUAAUUCGCACAUCGGGCACCCUUGGAACGAGCUCGCUGAUGGGAUAGCAGAUCAAGCCUCGGCCAGCGACCUGAUGGACCCGAACAUUGCAGCCGUACAGGCGAUCGCCCACAACAAGUUCCUCUCCUGGGAAUGGCUGCGAUCAGCGCCAGACGCGGUCAAGGCCGCAUACCCGCCCCUGCGGCAUAAAGACUUCAUCAUUGAGGCCACUCAGCCGCAGGCAGCCCCAGGAGCGAUCCAGAGGCCCAUCAGCACUAUCACCAUCAAGGCCGACCUCAACGUGAACCUGUGCACGUACAACUGCAGGUCACUCAAGGCCACCGUGAGCUUUAAGCCGGGCAAAGGCAAGGCGGCCGGCAAAAGCAAGCAGAGCCUCUCCAAGGCCACGCACCUAGCAGCACAGUUUGCUGACAUGGGCCUGCACGUCAUCGCCCUGCAGGAGACCCAGAGCGAAGGAGACGUCCGCAAUGUAGGUGAAUACGUCUGCUACUCAUCAGGCCACAUGCAGCAGAACAGAGGGUGCGACAUCUGGCUCAACGUCUCCCAACCAAUCAGCACGAGUGGGGCAGCGAAGUACCUAAGUGCCAAAGACACCCUCGUCCUCCACCAGCACGACAGGCUCUUGAUCAUCAAGACCCGCGUUGCAGGCACAGAUAUGGUUAUCGCAUCUGCAUACGCACCCCACGAAGACUCCCACGCGGCGGAGAAGAGAGAAUUCUGGGAGUCUGCUCAGCGAUUGUCCGACAAGUACCGAGUGGACAUCUUCAUGGGGGACCUGAACGGGCGUCUUGGCGACUACGAGUCCCCAGGAGUCGGCACCAGUGGGUACCCAGAAGUGACCAACGGCAACGGCAAGCACAUCAUCAGCUUCGCUGCCGACACUAACAUGGAGGUCAUCAACACCACGAGGGAUCCAGGCAGCAACUCGUAUACGCACGUCGGAUCGAAGGGGCAGCACCACAGGAUAGACUACAUCCUGCUGAACUCCUCGAUCGCCCCAUACGUCGCGAGCUGCAGCACGGAGCCAGGACCGAGGCCCGACCUGACCAACUUGAACAACGACGUCGCCAAGGCCAGCUUCAAGGAGAUCCUCAAGCAGGCCCCGAUCAUCCCGUGGGAGGUGGACGUCAACACCCACUGCGAGGAGGCUACCAGGGUCAUUAACGACGCGGCCAUCCAGGCCUUCGGCAAGGCCUCCAGGGCAACGAGGAAGCCCUACGUCACCAAGACUACCAUGGGCCUGAUCCGAGCCAGGUCUGGGCCCAUAGUUGCCGCGGCCGUCGAGAAGGACCGAAGCGCAUUCCUCAGUCGGCUUGCCUCGACAGCGUCCUCCGCCUCAGCUGCGAACGACGCUGCGACCCAGUGGAAGGCUUACCGAGACCUACUAAGGUACGGAGGGGGGAAGGCGAAAUUCCCAGCAGGAAAGCCCAUGCGGCUCGACAAUGAUGGAGAGGUGAUCCACAACUCCCAGGAAAUGGCGGACCAGGAGCUCAACCAUUUCGCGAAGAUACAGGCGGGGAAGAUCGUGACAGCGGAUGACCUUGCUGACAAGUACAAUCACGACAGCAAGAUCAGGCCUUUCGACGGCAUGCUGGAUCUCUCCAUGGUGAUGCCCCUGGCCGUCUGUCAGGCCCAGUUCGCUGCGGCCAAGGCUGGGACGCAAGGAGGCCCCGACGGGCUCACGAACGCUGUCCUCAGGGCGGCCCCCACGGAGGCAGCGAGGCUACUGCACCCCCUCUUCACCAAGGUGGCGACCACCGUGCGAGAGCCGCUGAGCUUCAAGGGUGGAGACCUGGUCGCAAUUCCCAAAGGAAAAGGCGACCCAAGGUACCUCCAAGCCUACCGCGAGAUCCUCUUGAACAACGUUCUGGGCAAGCACCACCACAAAUACCUAAGGACCAUGCUCAACACUACCCUCGCCAUAGCGCUGGAGGACAUCCAGGUUGGCGGCCGGCCCAAGCGAGGGGCGGACAUGGCGGUCCUUGCAGCACGCCUCUUCACCGAGAGAAGUCAGGCCCAAGGGAAGUGCUCCAUGAUAAGCUGCUACGACUUAAAGGAGGCCUUCUACUCGGUUGUAGUCCAACUGGUACAUGGUAUCCCAGGUGAAGAGGACGAAGUCCAGGAGGUGCUAGAGAACCUCGAGGUUCCCCUGUGGGCCCAGCCGCAGCUGGAGCACCUCAUGGCCAACCCAGGGAUACUCGACACAGUGUUGGACGGCUCCCACCUGGCUGCCCUCAGCAGAAGGAUAUCGCAACAGGGCACGAGGCCUGGCGUGCCCCUGGCCGACGCGGACUUCAAUCUGCUAUUCGGCCGAGUCCACCGCAUGAUCGACAACUACCUGGCGCAGCGAG